AUGACAUACAUGAAGGCCGAGAGGGUAGAUUACAUAAAGUCCAAAGCUGCUGCAGAGAUGGAGAGCCUGGUGGCUGAACAGGCAAAGUCUGCAGAGGGAAUCUCCAUUCCACCAGCUGAUGCCGUUACAGACAAGCCAGAGUCUCCUCCUGCUAAGAGGAGGAAUUUGGGCAGCUUCUUAAAAAUUGCAUCACGCCAAGUGUCAAACAAAGACAGGUUGACAGGUACUGUGAGUGUCAGAGCAGCUUGUCACAGGUCCAUGCAGAAGAAUGAGAAGCCACACAGCUUGAGAAUAGUGCUUCGUGAUGCAGAACCUGUCGUCAUGACCUCCAGUCAGUGUUCUUGCAAAGCGGGCACAGCAGUGUGUAAUCACACUGUUGCACUGCUCUUUCAGACAGCUCACUACUCAGAGCUCAAUAUCCAGGGAGUGAAACCCGGGCCCGUAAACAGCAUGAUAAUUACAAGACCUAGGCUAAACAGGCGCAUGGAAGGAGGAAUCAGAAGUACACUCUACAAGGGUGUGAAUGGGCACCCAUUUGAUAUUGGGCUGUUAUGCAUUGAUGACCAUUACAAGGACUUUGCUAUAGAAGAGAGGCCCCUCAUAGCAACUAUGUCAAUCAGUGCAGAGAAAUCGCUGGUGGAGACAUCAUUUGGCUUAGCCCAAAAGGGAAGUGUGCUCUCUUAUCAGCAGCCCAUACUACCCACUAAGCUGAUCAAGAUCCAUAUGGAUGCUCCACCUUUUCCAAAGCUUCCCACAGAUAUCUAUCGGCUUGCCCCGACAGACUGUGUACAUGAGCUCACAGAAGAAGAAAAUUUACAUCUCAAAAGUUUAAAUGUUACUUUGGAAAUUGCAAGAAAGAUUGAGGUGGCGACCAGAGAGCAGGCUGGAAGUUCAGAGUGGCAUCAGCUGCGCAGGCCAAGAAUAACCUCCUCCCACUUUAGAGAGGUGUGCUUUGUGAGGGGAGAUGGUUCAGCACAGUCUCUGGCUGAACGCAUCCUGAAAGGAACGAGGCAGACAGCGGACAUGAAAAGAGGUGCAGAUAUGGAGUUUACAGCAGCCCAAGAGUACAGCAAGAUCAGGAACGUAAAUUACAUGCCCUGUGGCCUAAUUGUUCAUCCUGACGCCCCAUGGCUUGGCACCUCACCAGAUGGCCUUGUAUUCGACCCCCUCGCACAGCCACCUUUUGGCCUAGUAGAGAUUAAGUGCCCUAACGUCACCAGCUAUGUUGACUGCAAGUACCUUAACAUGAAAGAAGGCACACUGCUCUUAAAGGAAAGUCACAGCUAUUACUGGCAGGUGCAGGGGCAACUUAUGCUAACAGGAAUGAAAUGGUGUGACUUUGUCAUUUGUGCCCAAGAAGACAUGCUGGUUCAACGAAUCAUAGUUGACCCAGAGGUGACAAAAGUGGUAAGAGAAAAGGCAGACAGGUUUUUUUUCAAUAUUUAUAUGCCCAAGUACCUGACUUCUAACAGACGUUAG